AUGCAGCGCCUAACUUUGGUCCUCGUCUUCGCCCUAACUUCCUUUUACAAAGGAACAGCAGCGGAUCAUGGUGGCAGUGAUACUAAAUGCCCUGUUAUCAUCAAAGUCCUUAAUGCUGUCAACGGAACAGCAGCUGCAAACCUCCACAUGCAAAUAUACCGACGAAAUGAGGACCUCAGUUGGCAGCAGCUCAACACUGGGGUUACGGGAGUGAAUGGCGAAGUCCACAACCUUACAACUGAGGCAGACUUUGUUCCAGGAUUGUACAAGGUCCAUUUCAACACGGCUGAUUACUGGAGGAAUCUUGGAUACAUCCCCUUUCAUGAAUGUGUCAACGUGGUUUUCCGUGUUGACGGUUCCAGUCAUCAACACUACGCUCUCGCUCUUCUUUUGAGUCCUUACUCCUAUUCCACCACAGGAGUGGUCAAACAUGCGCAUUAG